AUGACAUCCUCAAUACCCGCACGACCAACCUCAUCCCAUUCUUCGUCUCAACCUCCCCUCUCCGCUCCACACCAACCACAAACACCCCACUCUCCCGCCGCGGCCCCCCCACCACCGCCAGACCUAUUCGUCCUCGUCCGUCCACCCCCAGGCUCGUCCGCGCACCCCUUGAACCUCCAAGUCCAGCUCCUCGUUCCCUCGACCGCUCAUCGUCCCUCAGGAGCCGGUGGAGUGAGCGCAACGAGUUUGGACAAAGUCGCCGGAGCGAGCGUGAGUAGGGAUGGGGACGUCGGGUCCGUCGAGGGGGCGGGAGGAGGCUGGAGAGCGAGUGGGAGUUUCGAGAGGGCGAGGAGUUCGUCCCGAGGCAGGGCAUCGCCGGGGAGUGCGCGGGUCUCUCGCUCGCCGAGUCUGAGCUCACUCGCGUCUGGGCGGAGCGGGUACAGCGUGUAUUCGGGCGAGAGCGGGGUGACUGGGACCAGUUCCGCAACGGGCACGGGCACGGGGACGGGGAGCGGGAGGAGGAAAGUCACGCCGUUGUUGAACCUGGCGUUUCAUUCGGUCUUGCCGACGGUCGUCACGGAUGCAGGAACGGACCAACGAGUCGCGAAGUUCGCCAAACGCGGCGUCGAGUUCACCGGACUAGCCAUCUUUGACCCGGUCGACCUCGCACUCGCCAACUCUCCCUCUGCCUCUACUUCCUCUGGCGUCGCUUCUCCGCCCGCGUCGAGACUUAGUCCGACUCCUUCACGCGCGACAAACGGCGCGACAAGUGGAGCGGGGGGAGGAGGUUUAUUGGGCAAGUUUAAGCGGUUUUCGUUCAACCCCGCCCCAUCCGCCUCUCCCUCCUCUCCUUCUCCAUCCGCACCCGACUCGCGCUCCUCAAAACUCUUCUCCUCGCUCUCCGCCGCUCCUGCCCCCUCAUCACCCUCCAAACCAGCCCCCGACUCUGCCCCCUCCGGCCCAUCUCCACACACGCUCCCCCUCCUCCGAACCGCCUCACCACCCCAUCCCUCCGCCCCUCCGCCCCCCGAGAAUCGCGAGAAAGGCUAUGCGUUCGUCUUGCGCAAGUGGCUGCGUGCGGAUUUGGAGGGCGCACCGAGGGGCGUGAGAGUCGAGUGGAGUCGGCGACGAAUGAAGGAGUUGAAGGGUGCGAGUAGGCGCGGGUCGGAAGUUGAGCAUGGGGCGGAGGAGGGAGAGGAGGAGGAGGAGGAGGAAGACCCUGAUACGCCGUGGGUUUGCACGCUCGUGUACCCUCUUUCGGGGGCGCAUGCGAGUCCGAACCCGAGCUCUAACUCUGGGGCGGGAGAGAGGAGCGGGGGGAGUAGUCCUGCGACGUCUGUUCGUCGAGGGGGAGGGGUGGAGGACAGUCCGCCUCUUUCGAGUGCGGGACAGACUGGAUUCGCUCUCUCGCCCACCACCACCACCUCCUCCUCAGCGCCAACAACACGAAGACUCCACCUCGCCACCCUCCGUCCUGCACCUUACCAUCCCAAACUCGUCUCGACCCUGCUCCUCCCUCCGCUCCUCCCGUCCAUCCCACUCGGGACUUUCCACCCUUCGCGCGGCCUCCAAGGCGGCGUCCUCGGACCGGAAGAACUGCGGGACUUGGUGAUGGUUUCCGCCAUGUGGGUCGCCGUGCGCGAAGGGUUGGGCGGACUCGAGGGCGUGAAAGUCGAGAGUGGGAUUGCGGGGAUGGGAGAGGGAGUGGAGCAGGUUGUGGCGGGGUUGAAGGAGAAGGGGCAGGGGGUGAAGAAGGUCGUGUCGAUUGGGUCGUCGGCGGGGGUGAGAGAGGCGGGAGGGCAGAGGGAGAGGAAGGGAGGGAUUGGGUUGGGCAUUAGGGAGAGGUUGUUUCGGUAG